UGGUAUUGUGCUGGUCUGGGAGUGAGUCCGUGAUUUGGUGUAGACGUGAAACAUCUUUAGUUGAGUUCUGGGUAAGACACCGAUGUGAAGAAGAAGAGAUUUGAGAAAAGAAGAGGAACAGAACUGGUAAAGUUUGAAGGAUUGUUCUGUGGGUUCCUGCCAUGGAGACUUCGUAUGACGACACUGAAGAUGAGCGGCAGGACAGGCGAGGUUGUUUCGAGUGCUGCAUUAAGUGUCUGGGAGGCGUGCCGUACGCGUCUCUGCUGGCCACCAUCUUGUGUUUCUCCGGAGUGGCUCUGUUCUGCGGAUGUGGACACGUCGCUCUCACGGGAACUCUCACUAUCCUGGAGAACCACUUCUCCCGCAUCACCGCCGACCACGCCAUGCUGACCGACAUGUGA